GCCCUGCUCCUCUCUCUCUCUUUCCCUCUCUCUCUCUCGCACAGACCCAGGCAGAGGUUGUACGUCCGCUCCGGGAGAGAGAGCUCACACCGCAUAGCGCUACAGCCGCCUGACACCGACAGUCCUACCGCACGCUCUUUUCAAAUGGAUGUCUCCUCCGUUCACGCCUUUUGACACCGGAAGGUGCUCCUGUAGCUGCGUGAGAAACACCUCAUCCCUGGCUUGUUUUCUUAGGCAACUGCCUUCUCUCGACGACACAGAGAGAGCCAUACUCACCCCCCUUUUCCUUCCAUCGUUAGCCCGCUAAGCUAGCUAGCCCGCUAACUUAGCGGUGAUACUUUGUACCGAGUCGGUGUCAGUUUUCUGCCUGCGGACUCUUUGCGCCACGGCUGAUUGAGGUGACCAGUCACUCUAGGAGCAUGUAUGAGUGACGAGCAAAGGAGGAAGUGGGAUCUCUGAAGCUCCGCCCCCUCUACUGGUGGAGCACCCUGCACAUCUGACCAGAGACCCCUUAACUCACUUUGAAAGGAUGCGGAGGUUCGCCUACUGUAAGGUGGUUUUGGCCACUUCUCUGGUCUGGGUGAUGCUGGACAUGUUCAUUCUGCUCUACUUCAGCGAGUGCAACAAGUGUGAUGAUAAGAAGCCGAGAGGACUGCCCGGGAGAGACGACACCAUGUCCAGACCGCGAGAUGGGCCUGGUGAAGGAGGGAAACCUGUGGUGAUCCCUAAAGAGCAGCAGGAGAAAAUGAAGGAAAUGUUUAAGAUCAACCAGUUCAACCUCAUGGCCUCGGAGAUGAUUGCUCUCAAUCGUUCGCUGCCUGACGUCCGCCUAGAAGGGUGCAAGAACAAGUUAUACCCCGAUAAUCUUCCUCGCACCAGCGUUGUGAUUGUAUUUCACAACGAGGCGUGGACCACGCUGCUGCGAACCGUCCACUCCGUGAUUGACCGCUCUCCACACACACUGCUGGAGGAGAUUGUUCUGGUGGAUGAUGCCAGCGAGAGAGAUUUCCUCAAACAGCAGUUGGAGAGGUAUGUGAGAAAAUUGGAAGUCCCCGUCAGAGUCGUGAGGAUGGAGCAGCGGUCCGGGCUCAUCCGCGCACGCCUCAAGGGAGCGUCUAUCUCCACUGGCCAGGUCAUAACCUUUCUGGAUGCUCACUGUGAAUGCACAACAGGAUGGCUGGAGCCUCUGCUUGCCCGCAUCAAACAAGACAGGAAAACAGUGGUGUGCCCCAUUAUCGACGUUAUCAGCGAUGAUACCUUUGAGUACAUGGCAGGCUCUGACAUGACAUACGGAGGAUUCAACUGGAAGCUCAACUUCCGCUGGUACCCUGUACCUCAAAGGGAGAUGGACCGACGCAAAGGAGACCGCACGCUGCCUGUCAGGACCCCCACCAUGGCAGGCGGCUUGUUCUCCAUAGACAGAGAUUAUUUCCAGGAGAUUGGCACAUAUGACGCAGGCAUGGACAUCUGGGGAGGAGAGAACCUGGAAAUCUCUUUCAGAAUUUGGCAGUGUGGCGGGACGCUAGAGAUUGUCACGUGCUCUCACGUGGGUCACGUCUUCAGAAAGGCGACGCCCUAUACGUUUCCAGGAGGAACAGGACAGAUCAUCAACAAAAACAACCGGCGUCUGGCAGAAGUUUGGAUGGACGAAUUUAAAAACUUCUUCUACAUCAUCUCUCCUGGUGUGACCAAAGUAGACUACGGUGACAUCACGUCUCGCACUGCUCUGAGGCAAAAGCUUCAGUGUAAACCCUUCAGUUGGUACCUGGAGAACAUCUACCCUGACUCCCAGAUCCCUCGGCAUUAUUACUCCCUGGGAGAGAUCCGUAAUGUGGAGACUAACCAGUGUCUGGACAACAUGGCCCGCAAGGAGAACGAGAAGGUCGGCAUUUUCAACUGUCACGGGAUGGGAGGCAACCAGGUUUUCUCCUAUACGGCCAACAAGGAGAUCAGGACAGAUGACUUGUGUCUAGACGUGUCCAAGCUAAACGGACCCGUCAUGAUGCUCAAGUGCCAUCACCUCAAAGGCAACCAGCUCUGGGAGUACGACCCUCUGAAGCUGACCCUGAUCCACGUCAACAGUAACCAGUGUCUGGACAAGGCCAGCGAGGAGGACAGCCAGGUGCCCAGCGUCAGAGACUGCACGCACACACGCUCCCAACAGUGGCUGCUCCGCAAUGUCACACUACCAGAGCACCAGGAAUGAAAAAGACUUCCCUAGACUGGGAUUUGGGAAGGAAGGAGGAGAGAUUGGACGGUACUACCUCUGCCGGACGUCAGAGGGAGGAGUGCGUACAAGCCUCCUUAAAGCGAGAAGAGAGAAAAGCCUCCCUCUGAGAGAGACGAUGGCUGUUGUUUUACAUUCAUUUUGUUUUGGGGUUUUUUAAAAGAAAAAAGAGAUUUUAACCGCGGAGAGUUGACUCGCUCACAUGUGCGGAUACGAGGAACUAACUGGUGGAGUCAUCACAGCUUCCCCCGGACAAAGCAGUCCACCGCUCAACUCAUCACUUAACGUUUACUGACUGCCUCUUACAAGAGUGUGUGCACUUAUUUGUGUGUGUGCGUGUGCGUGUACUGAGAUGAAUGUAUGCUUUGAGAAGGGGACUGAAUUCCUUGUUGAUUUUCUUUCGUUUUUCAUGUUUAUUUUAUUUAAUUUUUUAUGGAUUUUGAAAAUGUACUCCUGUGAAGAAGGUUGUGCACGUGUGCAUGUGUGAGAAGCUGUGAUGUGUGUGUGUGUGUGUGUGUGUGUGCAUCAGAGCCAGUCCUAUGGUCUUGCAGCAGUGUGUGUCUCCCUCUGGUGUUACAGUUUAGCAUUUCAUCUUCCAGGCUGAAGCCUCCGUGCAGAGGGACAACGCAUACACACAAAAAAACAAACAAAACAAGAAAGCGAUCACGAGGACCGACGUCUGCCGUCAGCAGAAAUCUAGAGAUAGAGAAUUAUGAUGUUUGUGAUAUCUUAAGAUUUCUAUGUCCAGUUUUUACAUGGCUUGUCUGUUUCUACUGUUUCAGUAACCCUAGUUUGUCUGUACGUCUCUGUUGUCUUUAAAGAUAUUUAACAUAGAGCUAACACACACACACACUCAGAGGAUACAUGAGUCUGUUACUGAUGUUCACUGCCUAUUGUAGUGUUCAACCACGUGGAUCUCCCCAGUAAGGCACUACAUUGCCACACAUAAACACACAGACAGACACACAUGCUGUAUACAUAUAGGAAAAAGGCUGCCUAAGCCUGAUACUUCAGUCCAUUUUUGUCAUAUCGUCUUCUCAAUGACCUCUUAAAGAAAAACAAAAACACUCCAAGGGCUUCUUUCCUCCAGCGGAGUGUGUGGAUGUUUGCAUUUGUGUGGGUGUGAGCGUGUGUUUCUUCAGUACUAAUCCCAGCCCAUUAGCUCCCUGUUUACUAGAACAAACGGCGCUCCGAUUCCUCGCUAUUGGACGAGCAAGCACCCGUAGCGUAGACUGGCAGCAGAUUAGCAUACCCCUGCUUCCUCCGCCGUACUAAAAGAGCAAAACGCUGUUAUUUUUUACACAGAGCCGGGUUCCCUGCACUCCCCCUGCGGACAUAUCUACAGCAGGAACGUGGCACCGCUAUGAGAAUUAAUCAGGGACAGAAUAAAAGCUGUAGAGAGCCAAAAGGAGUGAAAGGGUUGAACUGUGUGAUUACAGAGAGCACAGCAGAUGACAUAUCUUAAUCCAUUACUACAUUUCUCUCACUUGGCAAGCGCACCUGCAGCAUUUCACUAUUCAUAUCUCAGUCAGAGGUAGACAGCGUGUCUUUUUCAUUUCCACUAUCACGCCUUCUUUAUUCUUAUUCUUUGUUUUUUUGUUGUUGUUUUUUUAAUCGCUUCUGCCGCUGCGAGUCAGGGCACCAGAGGUGAUUUCAAAAAAUGAUUUUUAAACAUUUCAGCUUCCUCCAAUGGAGGAAGGGUUUACACAAAGGACACGACAUCAGUUCGUCUUCGCCAUGGACAUGGCAGUGAGUGGAGGCCAUCAACAGGUUGUUUUUUUGGGGUUUCUUUUCAUGUCUGAUCGAGUGACUGUGGUGAAGACGUGAGAGUUUUUUUGAUUGUGGGACAGACGGGGAGCGUAUCGAUUGUUCUAAAUUCGGGAGUCGGGUUAGGAGGUGGGUUUGAAAUGAACUGACAUGUCCAGGCUUCCACACUGAGCUGAUCCAAAUGUAGAAAAUAAAAGUGAAAACGUUUACAGAA